UCAAGCGUCAUGUUACGCUGAUUCGGUUAAGAAUUUUCCGUAUCUUUUGAUGAUUUAAUUUCAUGUUCCAAUGUCUGUUUGGCAGAUUUUAGAAACAGUCACACUGUUACGAACUAAACGAACGGAAGUGGCGUGCUUAACUGACACAUCAGCCUGCUCCAAAUGUGUCCUUAUCAUUUGCAUGCUGUUGCAAUCUAGCAACACCCAUCAAACUUCUCAGGUGCCGUUUUCGAUGCUGGCCAGCCUAACGUCACGGUUAUCAUCUUAAGUGUUACGGAACGUAGCGAAAGAAAAGAAAGUCGGUGUGAGUGAUCCACGUGCAUCCUGCCCCCGGUUUCCGUGUCAGACGGACGCCCCUCGCUAGAGCAUCGACAGUUGACUAGUGCUGCGUACCAUGGCUGGCGCGCGGAAAGGGAAGAAGAAGGGCGCCAAGGCGGCUCAGGACGCUCCAGUGGCAGCCUCUGCCAAGGGCAGGGCGGCCAGGGCUCAGGAAGGCACACCGCCGAAAGAGCAGCUUCACGACGGGCCGUCCUUGGCCGUGCUGCCGGACGCCGUGCUGCUGCAGGUGCUGUCCUGGCUGCCCGUCGAGGACCUGCUGAGGGCGGCGCGGGUGUGUCGCCGCUGGAGGAAGUUGACGGCGCGACCAGAGGCGUGGCGGCACGCGGACGUGGUGAUGACGUCAUCGACCUGCAAGAAGCAGGUGUGGCUGCUGGAGCGCGCGCCGCAGCUGCGCCUGCUGGACAUGAGCGGCAUGGCCACGGCCGACGACUGGGGCUUCGAGCACGACGAGGCAGUGUGGGACGCGUGGGAGCGCCUCGACUGCAUGGACUGCCCGGCCAGGCAGCUCGACAUCCGCGUGGAGCGGGACGGCUGUGCCAAGAUCGCGCUGCUGGAGAAAUGGGGCCCGAAGCUGGAGAGGCUCAAGCUGCGCCUUGGCACCUGGUUCAGUCAGUUCGGUCGCGAGCGCGGACAGCUCCACCUCGCCAUCAAGAAAGUCGGCAAGAUGGACCUGCUGACCCACCGGGACCUGACGUACGAGCUGCACAAGGGGGCCCAUGGCGGCUACGACGAGGAGCUGGGCAAGGGAUGCCCCUCCCUGGUGUCCUUCCCUUCCACUUCCCCACCGUGCAGGACUACAAGCACUGGAAGGAGGUGGUGCUGGACGUGCUGGCCCACAAGAGCGGGCCCGCUGACGGAGCUGGCGCUGCUGGCCUCGGACAAGUGCCCCCAGGUGCCCGCCGAGCUGUGGCCUGCCAUCGCCGUCCAAGAGCGUCUCCUUGCCCAAGAAGACCCGUGA